UGCCUUUACUCUCUCCCCAGGAAAUCCAUUUCGAGCUUCCAUGGCAGCGAUUCUGCACUUUUUCUCUAUAGAAACCCUAAUUUUCCCUCUCGAGAAACACCAAUUUUACCUGCAUAGCCCAUAAGGAUAUUUGGCAUUUAGCUCUUCUUCCUCCAUCUCAACUGCUCUCUCUCUCUCUCUCUCUUCGGUUUUUGACUUAUUCUGUCUCCGCAAAGCUCUCAGGUUCAGGGGAUCUGCAAACUACUUGGAAUAUUGUGGUUAGAAUUUGGUAAUGUGCUAAUUAUUGUACGGUAGUUUUGCAGUUUCUGAAGUGCCACGAAUGAAGAGAGGAUCUGUUGAAGUGGCUUAUACGAAGAAAUCAAAGAAGCAAUAGCAGUUAAUCAUGACGACCAUGAUACAUAGCCCUAUUUUGGGAUACCCAACGAAGAAAAGGUCAAGCAGAAUCAGAAAUUCGGGUUUGUGAUGUUCUAUGUUCAUUCUUCUUUUAGAUCCAUUUUUGCACAAGUUGUCCUGGUGACCUGAGCAUAAAAUGAUCUUCUUGACUGACUGGCCUGUUCAUACUUUCUUCUGAUAGUCCUGUCAUCUUCUUGACUGAUUUGUUGAUCUCUUAUUGCAAGGGUUAAAAGUACUCUCCCAAAAAAGGACCACUCUGGAAUGCCCACUUGCCCUGUAGUUAGAAAAUUGAGAGAGCUGACCGUCUGAUGAAUUAGAUUGUUCAUCACGAACUGAUAUCGUGCUUAUAAUGUGUGGACUUGAAUUAGUUCAGAACUUACUGAGUGGAGAAAGAAAAAGACAAUGAUGGAAGCAUGUUUAUGAACUUGAAAUAGGCCAAAGGUGGGACGAAUCAGCUGUAUCCAACCACUAGUGGUGGCGCCUUUCUUUUGUUUGUGGGGUUAUCUUCUCUAGUGGUAGUGGGUGUCAAGUUGGACUCUACAGUAUUACUGAUGGAUAGAGAAUAAUUCACAAAGUUGCAGCAAUAGAUGAACUAAGUUGAGGUAUGGAGUACAGAUUUUGGUUGGAUUAUUAAAGAUUUAAUUUCUUGAAAAUCUUUUCCCUACCAAUGGAAUUAUUUAGAAAGCUUACUUUGAUUCCUGUGGCAAGGACCCUUCGCAGGUAUUGAGAAAUAGAUGACAAUGACCAAUAUUUGGCUUUGAACUGAAAGAACAUUUGCAGAGCAUUGGUUAUUUUGAAGUGGAGGAUGAUAUAUUAAUUUGAUUGGAUGAAUACUAGAUUUUUCAACAAAUUCGUUGAAUUGGUUCUUAAAUUCACAAUUUUUAUAUAUGACUUGAUAAAUAAAUCAUAUAAGCCGAGCCAGUGAUAUCGACUUUUGAACAAAUUUAGAAGAGGGCUUCUAGAUGAAGUGGAAUUGAUUAAAAUAGGACUGUGGAUUAAGUUAUGAUUCCACUGGUCCAAAACGAAGGCCGCGUUUUUUAUUCCAUUCAAAAACGGAAGAAGAUGAUGUUAAGACUUUUGAAAACAGCACCGUUUUGAUUAAAAUGAUGUCGUUACUCCAUGCCUGAACACCAAAACCUUGUCGUUUCGAUUGGCGACAGCAGCUUCCUCAACAUGCACAAACCGGAGAAACAGAGAAGCAUAGAAGGGGGAGGGACAAUGAGGCGGCUGAGUUUGUUGGAUGAUGAGAAGGAAGAAGAGAGAAAGAGGGAGAAAACAAGAGAGAAGAAGCUUUAUGAAGCGGCCAUGGGUGGCUCCAUUGCUUCACUGCUUGAAUUUCUCCAUGAAGACCUUUCUUCUGCCUCUGAUACGCCUCUCCACAUUGCAGCUCUUCUGGGUCGCUCAGAUCUCGCCAAAGAACUACUGGGUCGAAGGCCCCAGCUGGCUAAAACUCUGAAUUCCCGUGGAUCAUCGCCUCUACUCGUUGCAUGCGCAAAAGGGUACGUGGAAAUAGUGAAGGAAUUACUAUCGUUCAUCCCUGAUGUGUGCUUUGUGUUGGAUUCAGAUGGGAGGAGCCCUCUCCAUCAUACUGCAAUCAAGGGCAGAGCCAAGGUUCUGACAGAGUUGGUGCGAGUUAAACCGGAGGCGACUAGGGUGUUGACUGGCAGAGGAGAGACUGGGCUUCACUUGUGUGUGAAGUAUAAUCGUUUGGAGGCCCUGAAGGUUUUGGUAGAGUCCAUGGAUAGAGAAGACGGGAUUAUGAAUUGGAAGGAUGAUGAUGGCAACACUGUUCUGCAUCUUGCAGUGGCAAAGAAGCAAAUUGAGGUCAUAAAAUUUUUGCUCUCUAGCACUGGGAUUGAAGUCAAUGCCCAAAAUGCAAAUGGAAUCACAGCACUGGAUGCUCUAUAUCAAAGUCCAAGAGAUUUAAGAGACAGAGACAUCAAAGAGUCCCUUCAAUGUGCCGGAGCCUCAAGAAAGAAAAACUCACCAUCAAUAAGAUCUGAUAGCGAUAUAGUUGAGGUGUUUCCAACCACACAGCUAUCCAAGAUGGAGAAGAUAGUUCCAAAGAGCCUGUUGUGAAGCAUGAACACAUCGACUGGUUAGGCAGAAAGCGAAGUGCAUUAAUGGUUGUGACAUCGCUAAUUGCUACUGUGUCCUUUGAACUUGGAAUAACCCCACCAGGAGGUGUUUGGGAAGAUGAUUCAGACCAACACCAAGCAGGAAGGUCAGCGAUGGCUGAUAAACGUCCAGACGAAUAUGGGCAAUUCAUGAUUUUAAACACAAUAUCUUUCCUCGCAUC